ACUUGUCCCGAUUAAGUGAGACAGUGUACAUUUAUAAGAUUUUAUAUUGCUAAUAUGUGAUAUUAGUUAUAAAAAUAGUGCAAUUAUAUGUUCUAAAAUAUUGGCUAUUAUUAAAACCUCAAAUAUUUUUCUAAAAACUAAGUAAAAAGUAAAUUAUAAUAAAAAGCUGAGAUAAUGAAGCAUAAACAAAAUUCCAAAGUGAUAAAAACUCAAUCAUCAAAUUCAACCAAAGAAAAAAAGUGUUGUGUUCCAAAAUGAAUAAUAAAAUAGAGAAAAAAAAGUUAAAAGGAUUAAGUAUUUAUAAUUCGUCAAAUAUAGAAAAAACUCUAAAAGCAAUGGAAGACACAGAGUUGUCCUUGAGAAAAGCAGCUGCUGUUUAUGGAGUACCGAUUGCUACCCUUGCUAAAUGAAAAAGUAUUAGUCCUGAGAAGGCAAAAAUUAGAACUGGCCCGGUGACAGUGUUAUCUUUAAAAGAAGAGGAUGUUAUUGUUCAGUGGGUUUUGUACAGAGCAGUAAUAGGGUCACCUGUGACAAAAACUGAAUUAUUGAAGAUGUAUAACAAUCCGUUACUGUCUUAGACAGUAUCAUUUUAAUGGGAUAAACUGUGAACAAAAUAAUUUAAUGAAUGAUGGACAACUUUUUACGGUUAUACAUGAAUCUAGUCAAGUUAGUCUUCAAGAAUCAUCAAUUGAUAGCAAUAACGUAAUACGGAGCACUUCUAAAGACUUCAGUGAACACAGCCUAAUUGAUCUAACUAUCUCUACUGAUGAUACAAAUUUAGAUAUAUCUGCACAGCCCAGAGAGAUUAUAACAGAGCUCACAAAUAUUCAUUCUACAAAUCCUAUAAACAACAAAGUUCAUCAAUUAGAACUUAUGAUAGAAAAUUCAGAUCCUAUGCUUGCAAUGAUUGACAAAUAUCGUUCUAUUCACAAGAUUUUAUCAAUAACUGUUGAUAAAGAUAAAUGUUCCGAAAAACCUCCGAAAGAAAUAUUCACUUUGCCAUUGAAUUAUUUACCGAAGAAAAAAACAAUAAAAAUUGAAAAAACAGGCAAGUCAAAGUUAUCAUUUGUGGACACCUCUGAUGAAUGGUACAAACAAAAGUUAAAAAAAGAAAAGUUAAAAAACAUGAAAGAGGAAAAAUUUAACAAUAAAAAAAUAUUAAAAGAAGAAAACAAAAUUAAUGGCUCAAGAAUGUUCAACCUACCUUGA